AACCAACUUCAAGAUAAAUUUAAUACUUUAACGCAGUUACUGACAGAGAACGAAUGCAACAGCAAUCCAUGCAAAAAUGGUGGGACAUGUAUUGACACUUACAAUGGAUUCAUUUGUACUUGUCCACCAAACUGGGAGCUGCAACUGCCCUGCGAACUGGUUUGGCAUCCAUUGCACUCAACAACACAAUGACUGCAGCACCGCCUCCCACCAAGAGCUGUGCGAGCAUGGCACGUGUGUCGAUGAAAAGAGAACUCUUCUUGGGCAGCCAAAAUAUCGUUGUAUUUGUGAUGCCGGAUGGCAAGCAGGUAGCAGCGGUCCGGCUUGCACGGUAGACAUAGACGAGUGCAACGGAAGAUGCUCUACAAAUUCACCAGUCGUUUGCAUCAACCUGCCUGGUUCAUUCCACUGUGGUCCAUGUCCAGCAGGAUACACUGGAAGCGGGCACACUUGCUCCGACAUGAAUGAGUGCGAGAUGAAUAAUGGUGGUUGCGCUACUCAGCCGUAUGUUCAGUGCAUUAAUACCAUUGGAUCCAGAACAUGUGGGCCAUGUCCAUCAGGAUAUGUUGGAGACGGAGCUCGCUGCUCUUUUAUAGGAGUCUGCAAUGUCAACAGAGGAGGCUGCCACCCUCUUGCAACGUGCGUAGAAAACACUGCUAUAGUCGGAACCUACAGAGAGUGCCGCUGCCCGGCAGGGUACAUAGGAAACGGGGAAGGGCCCAAUGGAUGCACCGCGUCACUUGGAAUGAACUGUGCCAGUAAUCCGUGCGUAUCUGGAACAUGUCAUGAUAUUCCAGGAAUCCACAUUUCGAAGGCCAACGAAGUGACAAUCAAAUUCAAAUCCAACGCAAACAAUGCUGGACCAGGAUUCUCCCUAACAUUUGAAACAAAUGCAUUCCUGCCAUAUUCUUCAUUGCCUUUGAUUCAGAGGAAUCCUACAGAAGAGGUUAGAACUCCCAUCAUAUACUUAAAUUGAAGAUCUUCUCAAUGUAUAUACUAUAUAAAUGCAAUAAAGAACUCUAAUAAAGGUCAAUCACCUUG